AUGGCGGACCAAUACGAUCCCCAAUCGGACUCAUCAAUACGCAUCAAGGCAAUCUACAUUCAUCCCGUCAAGUCCUGCGGGCCUAUCGAGCUAGAUCGCGCUUUGCUCACCAAGGCCGGCUUCAUGUACGAUAGAUGUUUCGCAAUUGCAACGGAAAGCGCCAGAGUCGACGCGGGAUUGGAAUGGCGAUUCAUCAGCCAGCGCACCAAGCCACAGAUGUCCCAGAUCAAGACGGAGCUAUGGCUCCCAAAGAAAGACAGCAACCCGCACGACCCCCUCGUCCAGGCAGGCGGAUGUCUCGUCCUGACAUUCCCCGACCCAGAACCUCCCACCUGGAUCAACCGGCUCGACGCACUCCUCCACACAUGGACCCCAUCCACACAACCACAAGUCUCCUUCACCGUCCCCCUCCAGCCCACCCCCACCCAGCUCCACGCCUUCAACAUCCACCAAAAGGCCUUCGCCAUCCACUCCCGCACCGCGCACGGCCUAGACCUCAGCCCCAUCCCCUCCGUCGCCGCCGCGCUGCCGCAACUCAAGCAGUUCCUCGGCCUUCCCCAACGCCAACCCCUCACGCUCCUCCGCUGCACGCCAGCCACCCUCGUCCGCACCAAGACGGACCUCGCGCCGCUCGCGCACAUCGGCUCGCCCUCCCUCCACGGCUACACCGACCAGCAGCCCCUCAACAUCAACAGCCUGUCCUCCGUGCACGCCGUCUCCGCUCUGCUGCCGCCGGAAAACAGGCCGCUCAACGCGCUGCGCUUCCGCGCGAACGUCUGGAUCGCUGGCGCGCCCGCGUACGACGAGGAGACGUGGAAGAGGUUCCGCGUCAGGCCGAGGAGGAGCAGUGGGGGUGGUGUGGAGGAACAGCAGCAGCGCGUGGCGGCGACGAUAUGUGUGGUGUGCCGGACGUCGCGGUGCACGAUGCCGAAUGUGGAUCCGGAGAGGGGCACGUUUGAUGCGGAUGCGCCGCUGCCGGGGAGGAAGAGGGGCAGGCCGCAGCCGAGCGCGACGCUGGUGGAGUAUCGGAUGGUGGAGACGGGGAAUGGGGCGGCGCUGGGGUUUCUGGGGAUGCAUUGCGUGCCGGAGGAUCGGAGCUUGGAGGAGGCGGGGGAGGAGCGGGGGGGAGGGGGGUUGUGGGUGGCGGUUGGUGACGAGGUUGAGGUGCUUGAGCGGGGGGUGCAUCUCACUGGGUCGACGGCUAAUGAGUACUGA